AUGAUCCGUCAACCCAGUAGUGUGAUCAUCGCGGGCCCCUCGGGCAGUGGCAAGACCGACUUGGUGGAACAAUGGUUACGGUACCUCAACGUCUUUCAAGUCAAACCCCGCAAGAUUGUGUAUGCCUAUGAUCGUUGGCAACCCCGGUUCGAACGUAUGCAAAAAAAGGAUGGGAUUCAAUUUCAUCGCGGGUUACCGGACCCCCGUCAUUUGACGCAAUGGUUUGGUCGAACGCGCGGAGGGGUCCUGGUCUUGGACGACCUGAUGGAAGAAGGGGGACAAGACAAGCGCGUGUUGGAUUUGUUCACCAAAGAUUCGCAUCAUCGCAACAUCACGGUGCUGUAUUUGACGCAAGAUUUAUUCCCGCCUGGCAAAUUUUCCAAGACUAUCAAUCGCAACGCGCAUUACAUUGUGGCGUUCAAAAACCCCCGGGAUCAAACAGGCAUCCGAACCAUUUUAUUGCAAGCCUUUCCGGAACGGUGGCGUCAAGUCUUGCGCCUAUUUAAACGCAUCACGGCCCGUCCCUUUGGCUAUUUGAUGUUAGAUGUACAUCCUGCGUCGGAUGAUCGCUACCGUUUGUGGAGUCAUUUAACGCCCCGAGAAGGCAAAGCCCAAGUCCACACCUUGCGUGCGGAUGUCCCUGCCGUUCGACAACGAACUGCAACGAGAACUCGCCAGGGUUCGUCGGCAAAGAGAAGGCGGACAACAUACUGACUUAGCCGCCCGCAUGGACACGCCCACCCUCUCGCCCGCCGGUGUGGGCGCCCCCACGGCACCGCCCCCUCCGCCCCAGGAUCUCAGCAGUAUGACGGACAUGGUGACCGAAUUGUCUCGACCCGUGGAUCGUGCUCAAUUGGAUCAAGACAUUGACGCCUUUAAUUUAACCUACCCAGUCAAUGUGGACGAUGCCUUGAAUGCGUUCACGCUCCCGCCCGUGGCGGGUACCGGCACAGCACCACCCGCUACCACGGCCACCCAAACCCGUCCUACCACGUCCACCCGAACACGUCCCACCACCACCAGUCGGCCACGACCCGUCACCUCCACCCGAACACGCCCUGCUACCACCGCCACGACCACCAUGGCUCCCUCACGUCCCUCCACCUCUCGCCGCAGCGCUGGGGCAGGUACCAGGACCACUACCUCUACGGUGAUGACCCCCACGGGACGCCCCACCGUGGCCGCCAAACAACCGCGACGACGUCCCCCCGCCCCACCAUCUCCCGAUUCGUCCCCUCCGUCCGAUGACGAGGAUGAAGAUGAUGACGAUGACGAUCGAGGGCGAGGCUUAAGGCGACGAUUGGAUUUGCUCAAUGAAGAUGCUCAAGAACGAGCUCGAGGCCGACGGAUUCGCAACAUCACGCAUACCAAUACAGUCACCACCGUCUACGAAGAGGGUGGACGCCCUUCGGUACGCCGCACGUCCACCCGCACGUCCGGCCCACGACCCCCACGACCCCCACGUCGAGGCCGUGGCCGUGGCCGAGCCCGUGGACGAGGUGCCAGGUCUGCGUAAACAGAAAAAAGGUAUAAAAACAGCGGUCUCUUUUCCACCAUCCCAAAAAAAUGUGUGGUCGUUGUGGACACGCAAUGGCCCCUAGACGCAAACGUAAACGCACCACGACUCGACGACCCGCCAAACGACGACGGCGUGUGAGUCAAGUGGGGGGUUUCGGGCCUGCUGUGCCUAUAAGCAUUAUGAAAGCUGGUUAUGGGAUCACCAAAGCCAUUGGGGAUCAUCAAACCAAGCGUGCCAUCGCCAUUGGCGAAAAACGUCGACGAGAAGUGGCUUCAGGCAAACGGAAAAAAUAUGCGGGGGAAUCGUUUAAUUGUUCGAUCAUGUGAAAACUAUAAAAGACUCAAGGUGUGUCCUCCCUCGGACAGAUCAUCAUCAUGCACUGUGGUCCACGACGACGAAAACGACGCCGAAAACAACAAGGGGGUAUUCUCCCACUUCUCAUCCCUGCGGCUGUGGCUGCAGCCGUCCUCAUGAAAAAAAAGAAGAAAAAAGUGGGCAAGAUCAGUGCAGCCAAUCAACGACUGGUCCAACGACGGGUCCAGCGGAUGUUUAAUCGAAUGCCAGGUUGGGGCGGUUUUGAAACAAUGAAAAGGCUAUAAAAGAAAACGCUUGGUUGGACACAAGACUUUAAUUGAGGAUGGUCCGGGGACCCAACGGUCGCCGACAUCGUUAUGUCCCUCGAAUACGACGCCGGCGACGUGGACGCCAACGCGGUGCUAAACUCCCGCUGUUGGCAAUGGCUCUCUCGCCUUUGUAUCUCCGGAAAUUCAAACCCAGAAUCCGCCUUCGACGCCCGGACUAACCGACGUCCUAAACGAAAAGCCGUCACGAUUGCGUUGGAUUGGGAUGACCAGUAUGAAGCGGCCUUGUGUUCCCGGUGUCGACAUCACAUGCAAACGCAUUAUCAUGGCGAAUUGUGUGGUCGGUGUGGCGCCAUUUUUACCAUAAAUAGACCUUGGUCGUUGCCUGAACUCAAGAUUCAUCAUGGGGUGGCGCAUGGAACGUCAAGCCCCGUUCUUAAAAAGUGUCUUACAAGAAGCCAAUCAACACAAACGACAAGAAUUGUUGCGGAUGGCCAAUGCGGAUCAGAUCAAUGCGGUCAGUGAAUUAGUGAUGAACACGCUCCGUGGCACGGUACCCCGUUCCCGGCACACCAUCACGUUGCUCAAACCUCAUGCCCAGAGUUUACGCGCUAUGGCUAAACCCGCUCAUUCUGUCAAACGUCGACGCGCCAUCAUGAUGGCUCAAACAGGGGGUGCCCUCUGGCCCGAACUCUACCGAUGUUAUAAACGUUGCAUGCGCUAGAUCAGAUCCCUCAGUUGCACCAUGGAACCCGAGAUGGUCAGCACCACGGUCAACAACGCCCCCGCUUUUUUACAAUUACGCGACCAGUACAAACAAGAAUUGGUAGAAGAUACCCGUUUGACCAAAGCCGCGGAUUUAGCGGCCAAGCAACAUGUCCUCCUGACCAGUGAUGUCCCCGAUGCUUGGAAACGGCCUCAACUCAAAGCCGUCAGCCGUCAAUUACGCCAUUGGACCAAAAAAGUACGUCAACCCUUUGGAGCCGCGGCAGGGGGUGUGACUGCCGCCGGGGCCACGACGCCGGGCGAUGACGAUUUUGAAGCGGGUCCCAUGCAAGCCUGGUUCACGCAAUUGGUCAAGGCCACCCAGGGUAUAAAACAAGGCACCCCCACUGGUGGACCCAGAAAACCGCUUGUCCCGCCCAAGCCAAAGUUCACACCCAGUGCUAAAAAGAAACUCAAGUUCACCACCCCAUCGACCAGUGCGGAGUUGGCGAAAGAAUUGCCCUUUUCAGAGGACGUGGGCCCGAAACCUUGGGACAGCCCCUCCUUAGCCAUCAAGCGCAAAAUCAGACAAAAAGCCAAAGAAGUGGCCAAGAAAAAAGCUAAAGAAAAAGCCGCAGGUUGGGCUAAAAAAGCCUUGGAUUGGAAAUCGUGGAAAACCCCCUAA